AUGACUGGUGUCGGAAGAGCGAUCAAGUCUAAGAAGCUUACUCCAAAGUUCAUUGGACCGUACCAGAUAGCAGAACGAGUUGGGCCAGUGUCAUAUUGGAUUGCGUUGCCGCCUUUCCUAUCCAAUAUCCAUGAUGUACUUCAUGUGUCACAGUUGCGGAAGUACAUGGCUGAUGAUUCUCAUGUUCUUGAACCUGACGACAUUCAGCUAAAGGAAGAUCUGACGAUGGUGAUGCCACCCAUCAAGAUCGUCGACAGGAGCACGAAGCGUUUAAGGAACAAAGAGUGUGAAGUAUUAUUAAUAUGGAAGUGA